AUGGACAUGAUGAUCGUUAAGACUGAAGACGAAAACGACGAGAGAAAAUCUCUCAACAACAGCAAUAAUAAUAACAACAACAACAACAAUAACAAUAACAAUAACAAUUGUAAGAAGAACAACGGCGUCGGAACGACAGCGAAAACGGCGGCGACGACUGGUGGCGUCGGGACGGGCAGGUCCGAAAAACCACCUUACUCGUAUAUAGCUUUAAUCGUCAUGGCAAUCCAGAGCUCACCGGUGAAAAGGCUCACCCUCAGCGAAAUAUACUCUUUUCUCCAGCACAGAUUCCCUUUCUUCAGAGGUUCCUAUCAGGGAUGGAAAAACUCAGUGCGGCAUAACCUGUCACUUAACGAAUGUUUCAUCAAGCUACCGAAAGGGCUUGGACGUCCUGGCAAGGGUCACUACUGGACGGUGGAUCCAGCUUCGGAGUUGAUGUUUGAGGAGAGCUCGUUCAGGCGAAGACCCCGGGGAUUCCGUCGCAAGUGCCAACAGAAGACUGUUGGACCUAUCGGCGGCGUGGGUAAUGGUUACCAAACGUCACAGUACCACCAGCACCUCCACCACCAUCACCAUCACCAGAAUCUACAGUUGCAGCAACAGCAACAGCAUCACCAUCAUCCGUCCGUCCAACAGCAGCAACCGCCGUCAUUGCCACAGACACAGCCGUCACCGGUUCUGCCACCUCCACAGCCAUCACAGCCUCCACAGCAGCAGCAACAGCAAUCGAUUGCCACUCAACCGCAUACGCAACAACCGCAACCACAGUCACAGUCGGCGGCGUGUUACCUGCACGACCAGUACGACUACAAGGACGCGACGGCCGCAAUGGUCGCGGGAUACCAUCACCAGCAGCAACAGCAACCGGACUACAGUAGUGGUGCUGGCAGUGGCGGAAUCGGUAUCAGUGGUGGUGGAGGGUACUGCAGCAGAAACGACCAGUUGGACCAUUUUGCGGCCAGCUUUUGGCAAAGCCAAAAGUCUGACGGUUACGUCGGAGGUGCAGGUGGUUACCAAGAACAGUUUGCAGAUUACGGUUGCCAGUAUAACUUGACUCACGACAAUGGUUAUAGUACGGUUGCUAGAAGAUCGGCGACUGCGGCCGGACAAACACAACAGACUGUCAUGGACAACGCUAUGAACGCCACUAGCGGAUUACCACAACACAUAAGUCUCCACCAUUAUUAUGACUGUCCAAAGUUUUGUUAA